UAAAGGAGCGAAGUUCGUUUCCUGGUUGAAGAACCGGUCUCUUCUGCCAGUUGCUUCAAGGCAACGGAGAGCGGUGGCAGGCCGGGAAAUGCGUCGCGGCUUCCCCUUCCUUUCCCCUCACUGACGCGCCUGAACCGAGCGGGGCGCUGAAGAGCCACAGCUGAACCACGAAAAAAACCUGAGGAGGGAGGAAAGGAGCGAGCGGGCGUCGGUCAUGGCGGCGUCCCGGCUGCCCCCGACGGCGCUGACUCUGAAGCAGUUCUUGAGAAGACAGCAGGUCCUUCAGUUGUACAGAAAAAUUUUGCAGGCAGUUCGUCAGGUACCUAAUGAAGCUGAUCGUCAUUACCUGAGAGACUGGGCAAGGGAAGAAUUCAAAAGAAAUAAAGGUGCUACAGACCAGGAUACAAUAAGGAUGAUGAUCACUCAGGGCAACCUGCAGCUUCAAGAGCUCAAGAGAACGUUAAAGCUGGCAAAAUCCUGACCUUAAUUCUGAUGAGUCACUGAUGAUGGGAACACAGUAUUUUUUCCCCAGUGUAUCCCCAUUAAAAGACUACAUUGGAAGACCUCUCAGACAACUAAAAGCUGCCAGCUGGUUCUCUACUUUAUGUAUGAGUGGCUCACAACGACACCCAUUUAUUGGUGCCUGCAAGAAACAAGCAACUGUGACAGCACAUUCCAACAACAACUUUGAUUGGCUCAGAAUACAGCAAAGCAACCACCGCAAACAACAUUGUUUGGGGCUUCCAGGAAGAAAUAGACAGGAAGGAAACAAGUAUGCAGGGUAUAUGUAUAAAAGAAUCUAUAGGAAAUGAAAAUAAAAUAAAUUUGCCUGGA